UCAGUACCCGUAUAUUCUGUCACAGAAAUCUCACGGCUAAUCAAGAGAAUACAAAUGAAAAUGAAUCCAUUAUCUGCUGUGCUUUGGUCGGUAUUUGUUCACCAAAGCAUUUCUUUUAUACUUGCUGAGCCAAUUGCAUCAAAUUUAGGAUGGGCAGGAAGACGACUUCUAAAUUCUACUAUAGAGCCAGAAAAGUCAAUUUUUGACAAAAUAAAAGAGUUUUAUGAUGACCCGAACAAUCUUGCUAUGUGGGGUGUACUACCCCUUAUCGUGCUUGUUUAUGGGGGAUUUUGUGUAAUUUACUGCGUCUGCAAGGGAUAUGAUGACUGUAAGAAGAAGAAAAAUAAGAAGGCUAAAAAGAAAAGACUACUUGAUGAUGAAGACGAUGAACUUAUUACAGCAAACAACAGUGGCGAACAUAACAAUAACUUUAAUGAUACGAAAUACGAAAAUGGGAGAAGUGCAACACGUGCUGCAAUGGCAGCUACUUUUGCUGCUAAAAACCAGAGUAACCAAGCUCAAGGUAGAAAACAAGCAACAUCUACUUCGGAUGUCAAACUUGCAGUAGAAAGAGAAAAUAGCACUCCGUUACCAUGGGCGAUACCUGACGAGGACUCCUUGUAUCCCACAAAAGACAAAGGACAUCCACCUCCACCACCAGCUCCGGCUCAGGAACAGAAAUUGAACAUAAAGCCACUCUCGAUCAAACAACCGACUGACAAGCAGCCAUACAAACCACCAAACCGGAAACCACAUCCUGACAUGCAUAUGCCACCAAGUCCACCACCCCCGUAUGAUUUUGGACGCCGAGACUCAGUCGAAGAAAUUUCUAUGAAUCCUCGAAAAAUCCACGCAGUGUCUAACAGAUCGAAUGACCCGAGAAAAGCAAUGAAUGCGAUGGAGCAAUAUGCUUUGGCAAGGCAAGCCGCUCAAUUGUUACGUGUUGACAAUGGUCAGCCGGGCCAACCAGGCUACAAGAAACCGAAACGUUUAGUUUUUGUUGCUGAAUAACUUUUCUCAUCUUUGUUCUUUAAUGCUGAAACAUUUUAUUCAAACGAACUCUGUUAUGGUCUUUUCAAUGAAAAAAAAAGAAGUCAACAAAUACUUAUUACGAGACUUAUCCGUAAAUUCUUACGAGACUUAUCCGUAACUUCUUACGAGACUUAUCCGUAACUUCUUACGAGACUAAUCCGUAACUUCUUACGAGACUUAUCCGUAACUUUUUACGAGACUUAUCCGUAACUUCUUACGAGACUUAUCCGUAUCUUCUUACAAGAAUAAUCCGUAACUUCUUACUAGACUUAUCCGUAACUUCUUACGAGACUUAUCCGUAACUUCUUACGAGACUUAUCCGUAACUUCUUACUAGACCUAUCAAUGUCUUAUUACGAGACUUAUCCGUAAAUUAUUACGAGACUUAUCUGUAACUUCUUACGAGACUUAUCCGUAACUUCUUACAGAGAUGAAACCGAGUUAAGAUUUAACAGAUUGAUUUUGUAUAAAUGUAAAUGUAAAUUACCUUGUUAUGGAUGAAAAUUAUAAUCUAAUUCGUCAAUAUUGUGGUAUGCAAUUUUAUAUAUAAAAAAGAUAGACAUUCGUACGUAGAGGUAUUUCAACAUGGUCAAAAAUAAAUUAUGUUAAUGGUUUUUAGUACAAAAUUGUUAUGAUCUGUUCACUCCUAUAUAAACUUACAUGUACA